AUGGAGAAGCAAAAUACUCUCGAGCGAAUCGCGCAACGUGCCAAAGCUGCGGGCUACCAAUAUGGCGAACAUCUUGAUGACGAUAAGCAGCGAGAUCGCCCGGUUACCGAAGACACCGAGAAGACACGGGCCCAGGUGUUCCAUGUCUACAAGGCAUGGUUGAUCAAUCAGGGCGUGCCUCCUGAAGAAUGCGAGACAAGCUUCCUAAGUACGGGGUCGCCGCUACCAGAGAUUGUGGAACUGAAAGACUUCUGGAGGUUUUACGCGCUCCAGUCCACUGGUCGCAUAACACUCCCAGACGGCUCAAAGUCAAGUUGCCCUACCGUCGGAACGCUCCUAGGGAAAGCAAAGGCAUGGAAGGCAGGUUUCUUGCAGCGAACGGGCCAGGAGCUUAGCGCGGAGAAUACAACGGAGAUUAACGAGUGGUUAAAACAUAACUUGCCAUAUGAAGAAAGAGAUGGGAGCAGACUGUAUUGUCACAAUUUAAAAAAACCAAAGUUUAAUUUCCAGCGAGACGAUUUUGAUCAACUCAUUUAUCAGGCGUGGAGUGGUCAAGAUACCAAACACACCUAUGACAGAAACCGGCUCCAAUUUCACCUUCAACUCCUCUUGUUUUGCGAUACUGGGGCUAGACGCAAUGCGUUUCUGGAAUUUGGUGUGCCGUACAAGGAUAUCCAUCUGGUCUUGAGUCAGCACCAGGAUGGGCCGCGGUUCUUCUACAAGGUUGCACAGCGUCACGUCAAAAACAAUUCCGACCCGGACUUAAGAACGUUCGGCAACGCUCGUAUGCAACAUCAUAUUCUGCGAUAUGAUUCUGUGGCUAUUAUUCUCAUGCUCGCCGUGGCUGAUGGUGCUCUGGAUCUUAAGGAUCUAGAUCAGAUGAUCAAAAACGGUGGUGAGGGUCAGGUGGACUGGGCCGAAAAAUGUCUCGAUCUCCCUGUUUGCCGACGCGUGAAUCGACAGGGAGAUGUCGAUGACACGCAGCCGAUGACUCCAGAUUCAUUUAUCACGAUGUUCAAAACGUUCAUGAUGCAAGCAGGAUAUGCUGCGAUACCUGGCUCACUCUUUCCGCCAGGCUCGAUACACAUGAUUCGACGAGAGCUUGGAAAACAGCUGGAUGAGCGAUACACUGAGGUGGAAAGAUCUCAGCAUUUGACACAGGCUGAUAAAGCAGUGUUCGGACAAAGUUACACUGCGGACACUUCGUCUUGUGAUGGGUUGUCGGCCUUCCUGCGCCACCAACCGGACCAUACGGCUAUUGAAUACUUCCAAGGCCUCUCUCAAUUUCGACACGAGGGCUUGCCAACCCAGCUGCCCGCCGUGCUGAAAGACAAAAUCAGUCGCCAUCCAGAAGUUCUACGCUGGGACCAGAAGAUAGCGGAGGCUUCCGAUGCGAAAACUCAAAUACAGGCAAGGCAAAAACGACAAAAAGCUUUGGAUAGACUCCAGAGAGAAACAUUAGAAGACCACCGGCGAGAAUCUCUGGUGCGACUAAAGCGGGAGAAAUUGUUCAACCUUCGCCAAGGCCAAACAUCAGGCACAGUCCCAGAUGAUCCCAUACAUAAGCUCAGACCUGAGAAGGUUCGGCUAGCCCAGAAGAUGUCACAAACCUCGCCUCUGAGCCGACAAGACAGGCUUGAUGCGAUGCAGGAUAUGCUGUUGUUACUGUCCGCACCAAGUGUGUAUUAUCGGCCUGGGGAGAAACCCAAGAAUGGGCAGUGUCCCUAUUGUCCGAAAGAGAUACAGAGUAUCACAGCGACGAUGAUGCAAUCUUGGGAACGCGAUAUCGACGCGAUACGCCAUAUGGAGACAGCGCACGAGUGGCCAUGGUCAUGCGCUGAUUGUGGGUUUUCCGGACGAACCGGCGAAGCAUGCUACCACCACCUGCACGAUGCCCAUGGUUAUCAACUGAUCAAAGAACGCAAGCUUGCGGGCUCCUCAAACAUUACUGGCGACACCCCGAAUGACGAUUCGGACAAUUGGAUGGAGCUGAUCGAUCUCCCACCAAAUUCACCCGAACUAUCUGUGACGGGAGCGGGCACGAGUGAACACAUACCGCUCAUUUCACCCUUGGACGAUCGGGAUGAGUUUUGGGUAUCGGAGUAUAAAGAAACACCGAUUAACAAGACGCCUGAAAAUGCUUCUUCUCAGGUCGAAGAACGCACUACGAGCGAUAUCGAUAUAAUCGGCGACCUGGAUCUGUAUCUUGGUAGCCCUGCCGUGUAUUCUAUGGAAAGCCUUGAUCUGGCCUCAGCUGCGAAGUCGUCAUUGGCGCUGCUGGGAGUUGUGCCUUCCAAUAGUUCAACGCUUAACGAAGACUCGCCGACCACUGCAGAACCCUCUGUCUUCACCGUACUAGGAGACACAGAUCUGGGAAGCUCUGGCUCGCCUUCAUGUGAUAUGCCUAUUUUCGAUAGUGUCUCAUCUUGUGCGACGACGAACACAACACCAAGCCCAAUUACAUCAAGAGGCAAAAAACGCCGAAUCAAGUUAAUUACACCGGCUCACCCGUCUGAGCCUGCUGAUGACAUCGAAUCCUCCCUCGCGCCAAAGAAGUGUCGCAUCACUUUGAAAGUAAAACCACGGAACGUAAGCGAGGAAGAGCAUGUUGGUGGUGGCACUACGACCAUUCAAGGUCGAGAGAAGCAAACUGAGAUUAAAAAGGUCAUCAAGACGCGCAUUGUUUUGAAGACCGGUUUAUGCCAGUCCUAUUCCCAUCGGCCAACAACACUGCUUAAGACUUCGUUGUCAGGCACAGCCUCGUCUAGGAGCAAGUGGACAUUGGAGGAGGAUGAAACAAUCAGCAGAAUGAAACAUGACAAUUGCUCUUGGGUUGAGAUCCAGCGCGCCCUUCCGCAUCGCUCUCUGGGCUCCAUGCAAGUCCGGUACUCAACCAAAUUGAAGUAA